UCUAAACAUUUUCUAACAUACGUCAUUCUAUAAAUUAAAAAAUUCCGGGUGUGCCUAUUCGGAAACCUUGCUAUGUGUUUUAAUAUAAUAUAACAUAUUAAAUGAUGAUUUAAUCCUAAUGACAAGAGGAGUAGUUUUCUUAUUUUGUCCCAUAUUUUUAUGCUGAAAUGGUCAGUCUUGUCAGAACUUUAAAUACAUCAGGUAGUGGAGCUGUAUUUUUUGAUUCCUCUUAUAAUAUGGACGAUGAAGAGUAUCUUCAACCUGUAUUAACCUCACAAGAAGAAGAACAUUUCCAAACAUUAAAUACUAUACCAAUUGUGUCUGUUUCUCUUAUAUUUGGCGUAUGUUUAGAAAUUACAGGAAUUAUAUUUAUAUCACUGUGGCCUGAAGAAAAAAAUAAAUGUGACACAUAUUUUAUAUAUUUGUACCUUCAUUGUGCUUAUUGGCUAAUAGUCAUGUUAACAGAUCAUUUAGUAAAAGCAAAGCAUCGUAAGAUACGUAUUUAUGGUUACUUAGAGUUUUAUCGAUCAACAUAUCAACAUAUAAGAACACCCCUUUUCAUAACAUCCUUAUGGAUAACGUGUUAUUUGUUAUUGGCUGUAAUUUUGCACCACAAUCAUAAAGUUAAUUAUGAAGAAUAUUGUCGUACAUCAGAAUGGUUUAAUCCUUUGAAUUACAUAUUUCUCUUAACUACAUUGGAACUUAUGAUCAUUACACCAGUUUAUAUAAAUUAUAUUAGAAAAGUUUCAAAAUUUAAUCGAUUACAUCCACCAGCCGAUGUAGCUAGAGAAGAAUGGCGUUCUUCUUUUACUCAAAAUUCAUUUGCAGGUGGCAGUGAAGUAGGUUACUAUCAGAGGGGAUAUAAUGUAGAAGAGUUGCUUGAAAAACAAGCAGAUUUAAUAAGAUGUUUAAUAGAUCAUAAUGUUCAGUUAAAUCAGGUAGUGAUGUUAUUAACAAUGCGAAACAGAAUUCUCCAAGCAUCUAGAUAAAAUGCAAGCAUUAAAGAAGCUCUUCGUAUAAUUUUAAGACUACAACUGAAAGAAACAUCUCUAUUUUAUGUAAUUUUAUUUGUUACUUUACAUAUUUGUACGCGCGCAUGCGCGUGCCCUCGCGCGUGUAUAUAUAUAUUUUGUUUUUUCCUCUUUAUCUCGUCAUAUUCAUUUUUAUUACCAUUGAUAACUUAUUGUACAUGCAUGUAAAAUUUGUACUACUAACAUUUAAAAUCUUUCUUAUAUGUAUUAUUGUAUAAAAAUUUGACAUAUUGAAUUGAGAUUACUAAUUUGAAACAAUCUUAUCUCUAAUU